CAUAACGAAAAGCAGCAGCAGAAUCAGAAGCAUAGUGCGAAUUGAAUCAGUUGUUUAGUGAUCUCAUCAUCGCAAAAAACCAAACGCAAUUUGAGCCGGCUGUAGCGUAAACUUUAAAUAGUAAACUAUCAACAAGAAAUGUUGCUUUCCAAAUCUAUACGAAUAACACCAACUCUAGUCAGUGCCACAGUAGCUAGAAUCAGUGGUCCCAGUGCAGUGGCCGGUUUAGAGCAACAACACAGGAACUUAAUUGUCACAAGCGCUGUGAUGUCCAAUGGAUUGAGCGAAAAUGCAAGCAUACAAGGCAAUUUCAUCAGAUUCAAUAUAAUUGCUCCCGGUGCCCUGACAGCUGUACGUUUCUAUGCGGAUGAUACCAAGCCGCAACCGAAAAGCUCCACCAGUACAAGUUCAAAUGCGCCAGCCUUCAAUUUACCGGAUCGUGAACAAGUUGAAAGAUUUAUAUUUCGUGUGCUUGCACUUAUUUGGGAUAUCAGCGUGUGGAUUUAUAUAAACAGCAAAAGAGUUAUUGAAACGCAUAUUGUAGCCAAUGAUUCAGUGCAAUUGUACUGGAAGCGAUUGCACGAACGAAUGGCUAAGGCCAAGAAGGAAUGGUAAAUGAUGUUGGGAUUUUGUAAAGCAAAACAAUUUUAACACAUUUGCGCUUUUUGUUGUUGGAUUAGCAUUUGUUUACUCAUAUUUUCUUCAAUUUGAUUUCAUCGCCUUUACAAUUAAAAACUACAUAAUUGAUAUGUAUUUCAUGAGAGGUUUUUCAUAUUUAAUACAUAUGCAAAUUAAUUAAAAA